GGGUCCCAGCCCAGGCCCCGCCGUGCCCGGGGCAUUCCCUGGUGGGGACAAGGCCCUCCGAGCCCUGCUGCUGCUGCCUGCCCCGCCGGCGCCUGCCACAGCCAAGGCGGAGGCAGAGCCCUCCUUUAAUUUCAGGGGGGUGAGCCCCCCCUCCUUUCCACCUUCACCCGACCUCUGCGCAGCGGCUUUGCUUCUUCCUUCCUUCUGCUCUCACCCGGCCGCGCUUGACUUUUUUGUUUCAGUUCCCCCUUUUGAAGACCUCACUUGGCUCAACUUUCGGACAGAUUCUGCAUCCCACAUGAACUACGAAAACCCUCCACCUUACCCUGGCCCGGGCCCAACUGCCCCUUACCCACCCUAUGCACAGCAACCGGGUGGUCCUCCUGGCCCAUACCCAGGCUAUCCUCCUGGACCUACUGGACCAUACCAGCCAGGCCAGCCAGGUUAUCAAGGUUAUCCCCAAUAUGGAUGGCAAAAUGCACCUCCACCUCCAGGACCGGUGUAUGCAGAUGGGCCUAAAAACACAGUGUACGUCGUGGAGGAGCGGCGGAGGGACGACACGGGCGAGAGCGCCUGCCUGACGGCAUGCUGGACCGCGCUCUGCUGCUGCUGCCUCUGGGACAUGCUGACCUGACUGCUGCAGCCGCCUCCCGGACCUCUCACUGAGUGCUAUGCAGGCUCCCCACUCCCGUCCCGACUUCUUUCUGUUACUGUAAUCAAUGCUCUGCUUUGCACAGCCAAGAGUUCCUGUCUGUCAGUCCUAGCGCCUUGUUGGGGUGGGGGGUGCACUCCUUUAUUUUAGUAAAGGAAAAAUCCCUUUUUAACAUUUCUAAGACUUUUGUUGUAACUUUGAAGAAUGUGCUAAUGGUAUAUUUCAGCCAAAGGCAUUCUGAUUAAAUGUAUAUUUAUCAGUUGAAAUUUUCCUAGUCCUAGAAAUGAAGACAUAUGCAAUAAUUAAAGCCAACAGUUGAUUUUCUUCGCUAGGUCCUGUUUCAAUAAAUCUGUCCCAUAGAGGGUGUGCUUGCCCCA